CCCGCCUUGUGUUCUUUUCUCCCUUGUUUUCACCAGUCGAAAAUCCCUUCUCCUUACAAGCCCUACGUUCGAUUGACGCUGAAGCAGGAACCAUUCUUGCUAGGGCUUUUUCAAGAACGAAGCUCUCGUUGUUCUCUGGCCUUUACAAUAAUCAUCGAUUAUGACUGUGCUUGAAUAGUUGACUGUACCGCUUUCUGAACAUGCUUUCUUGCUCAUAUCUGUCUCUGAUUAUCCCUCAUGACUUCCACACACAAACACUAUCGAUCAUGAAACGUCUUCAAGGUAAUCGUCAUUCUCCCUCUUAUUCUCUAUCCUCUUUUGUUAUGGCCGAGCAACCUACCGCCUCCUUUACCGCCAUCACACCCUUCUACUAUGCUCUGCUCCCAUCACUCUAUGAGAAAAAACCUAAAACCUUCUACCGCCAUCACAUCGAUGCUUCACCUACUGAAUCAAUAGUUACGACAACUACCUCGUCAUCCAACGAUCCUAAGCAAAACCUAAACCAAGUCAUAAAUUCAAUUCAGAAAACCCUAGGAACCAUCCAUCGGCUCUACCUCACUGUCUCUUCCUUCAACGUUUCCUCCCAACUCCCGCUUCUCCAAUGCCUAAACACACUUGUUAUGGAGAUGGAUAAUAUGGCGAAAGUGGUACCUCUCUCUGUCUCUGCACAUAAGGUGUUUGGUAAAAUGCCCCAGAGAGGUAAUUCGCGCCACUAUGUCAUGUCCUCUCCUUGAUUAUGCUCAAUCA